AUGGUCGGAGUCAUCUGUGGGCAGCCUAGCGGCAAUCAAGUGGGUGCAGAUACGCGCAACGCAGACUCGUGGAACCAAUAUGACAUGGUCGAUUGGAUGAUUGAAGCGUAUGGUCCCCAUCUCCAGACAUUGGACUGUGCUAACGGAAGAAGUACGAAAGCUGUUGAAGACAACGACUGGCACUAUGACGCGGCGAAGACUCAGCCUGUCGGAGACUAUCAAUCACUCAUCUUGCACUUGAUGGGCAAUGACGGUGGAGAAAAGUGCGACGAGAUCUCCGACCCCGGAUGCUCUGGGACUGGUCUUGACUAUAAUCUCUGCAAAGAACAUCCGAAAGCUCAUUUCGCUUGGUUCGCAAUGACACACUUUGCACGAUUCCUGGGCAAACUGCAGAGUACCUUCACCACUAGCACAGUCGCUGCUGGUCUCCAGACCAGCGACCUGGUUUCUCAAUUCUAUGUGGCGCGUGAAGACCUCUCGGAUCUGGUUUUCCCUAUCUCGUUCCUCAGUGGGAUUGCGGCUGCUAUAUCUGCAGCUUAUCCACCAGCAGCUGUUGUUGCAGGUGCAGGAUCAAUCAUCAAUGGAGCUCUCACGGAAGCAGGCCUUACAAGACCAGACCCUAUUAAGCAAUGGGGUGAAGUGCAAUCUGCCGUGGGCCAGGCAUUCACGCAGAUCUCAGACGCACUGGACACUUAUUUCAAAGAUACCUUCCACACCCUUCCAUCGGCGCACAACUCUGGACAACAAGGCCGUAGCUACGUCGAUGACCCUUCCCUCAUAGUCUCCCAACUUUCUCACGGCGUCUUUGCCACAAACGUCGAAGUCGGCACCAUCAACCCAGGCGUCUACGGUGCGCUCGCCGCCUCCGCCAUCAACGCCCUCUGGGCCCAAGACCAAGUCUUUGUGAUAAAAAUCACCGACAAAGCCUACGGUAAAGGCGCUGGUGCAGCCUGCAAAGCGUUCCCGGACCAAACCGCCUGCAUCAAUGGAGUCGCGUACAUCUUCGCGCGCUUCCAAGUCACGGUCGUGAACGGCGACCAACCGGACGACUACAGCCGCUUCGAAAGGCGGUCCUGGUUUGUGUUCGGCAUCGGCCCGACCGGAACCGCAGGCGACGGGACGAAGAACGCGAAUCAUCUCAAAGACUACGGACUGGAGCUGCCGGACAUUGCGCUCGCGGUGGAGAAGACGUGGGAUGAACACGGCUUCCCGUUCACGGACCAGAAUGGCGCCACCAUCCAGCAUCUGACGACCUACCCCACCGAUGUGGCGGCUAAAGAUAUCAUGUUCUUCAAUCUGCCGGUUUGCGAUUUCGAUUUCACUAUGGGUGCCGGGAAGCAUCUUGCUGAUGCCACGGAGAGGGAUGUCGAUGAUACGGUCAUCGAUCCCAUUGUCUUCUGGGGUCUGUGCACGUGUUAUCAGCAGCAUGGAUGGCCGGAUUCUUACACGAUUCCGGGAACGGAGCCGCAAUUGCCGAGGGACCCUGAGGAUUGUAGAAAUAGUGGAUGGGUGGACGAUUGA